AUGCUCCGCCUUCCUUCGCGGACCCUGCGCCACGCACGGCUAGUUACCACACGUCGCCAGUGCUCUCACUCUCAUGUGUCGAUAUAUAUUCAUUUGCAGUCGCGUUCCAUGGGUAUUUUUUCAGACUUGAAGAACCAGCUUAAGACCGAGAUGGAGAAAAACGAGGAGCUUAAGAAAUCCUUCGAGGAGCUAGAGAAGACAAAGAAGCAGUAUAAGAGUGUUGGAAAGGCUGCUAAGGAGAAACUGAGUGAGAUGGGCUCUGUGACGGAGGAAGCAGCUAGGAGCUUUCAGGAGCAGGCCUCGCAAGCCUCACAGAAAAUUAAAGGAUCUUAUGAGAAGACUACCAAGGCCUCUGAAGCUGUCAAAACAGGACAGGAAGGUCGCGCAGAAUCUAUUCACAAAAAAGUGGAGGGUGAGUCCGACAAGAUCAAGAAGGAUGGCGAGUAUCCUGAGCACACGGAUCAAGCGAUGGAUGGCGCUCGCGCCUUUGUGAAAAACUUCUUUGCUAGCAUCGCUUCCCAAAGAAAUAAACUUGUCCACCUUAACAAGUUUCCUAAAUUGCGUGACGAGUGGAAGGAGGCCGCGCAAGAGCUAUUUGGUAAAACAGAAAAACAGACGGUUGACGAGGCUUUGGCCUCAGUUCGCACGCCGACUAUGCAAGAGCCAAAGAAGACAGAAGACGACAGCGACGAGCCUGCAGAAUACAUGGGCAUUAGUGCCUUGGUGGCUGUGAAGGAGAAGGAAAGCGCAUGGCAGCGUGUGAGCGCUCGUUUUCGUGAAGCACCGAUUAUACAGGGAAUUUUGAAUGCCGCGAAGCAGGCGGCGAAGACAGAUGCAGGAAAGAAGGUGCAUCAGACGACGAAGCAGGUUAAGGACAAACUUAGCGACGCUCAAGAAGAAGUCCUGGAGGUCUGGGAGACAAGUCAAAAUCCUUGGGUGUACCGACUGUCGUCAAUUUAUGACGGACUUUUUGGUGAGACCCCUAUGGGUGUUGCAAUCAAGGAGAUUCGUCGAGCUGAGCCAGAUUUUAUCUUAGAAAAGUGGAAGGAAAAUAUCGAGGAAAUUGUUUUACCUGGAGUGCUGGAGGCGUUUCUGCGUGGCAACAGCCGAGACUUGAAGAAGUGGUUCGGCGAGGCAGCAUACUCGCGUGUGAACAUCGCUAUUCGUGAGCGCAAGUCCGAGGGAUUGGUCAUGGAUCCGCAUGUGCUCAGCAUUGACAAUGUGGAAGUUAUUGAAGCUACAGCCGAGGACAAGCAAGCUCCGAUCGUUUUAAUGCGGUUUCAAGCACAGCAAAUUAACUGUAUCCGCAACCGUGAGGGCGAAGUAGUUGAAGGAUCCGAGGACGAGGUGCUGGCUUACUACUACAUUUUCGCCUUCCAGCGUGACUACGACGAGGAGCAGGAAUUACUCCGCUGGAGAAUCGUGGAUCUCCACAUGCAGCGUGGCGGUCGGUAUUAUUAA